AUGGACACCUCCUACCCGCGGGAGGACUACCUGCCCGCGCCGUCCCACAAGCGGGAGCCAUCUCCCACCGUCCUCGUCUCCCGGCCGCCCCGCGACCACCUCGUCUGGUCCAUCUUCAACACCAUCUACAUGAACUUCUGCUGUCUCGGCUUCGUGGCCCUCGCCUUCUCCGUCAAGCUGCCCUCUGGCAGCAACAGCUCCAGCUGGACUGGACCAGGCUGGAAAGACGGGGACAAGCAAGGGCUGGAGCCA